AUGGCGCGAGGGUCCCUCCCGCUGCUCCGCCGCGAAGGGCCGCGCACCGCAAGGCAGGACAAGGCAGGACAGGACAGGCGGAGCAGAGCCGCCCCGCGCCCGCCCCCGCCGCCGGUUCCGCUUCCCGCCCUGGCGCCUCCCCGGCAGCGGCAGGGGCGGGCCGGGCAGGCGCGGAGGGCGCCGGGCAGCACGGCCCGGCCCAGCUCAGCCCCGCGGCGAGCAGGCGGGCUGGCGCGGGGCGCAGAAGCCGCGAGAGCCCCCCGCGGGGCCCGGCCCUGUCGCGCCCCGGAGGAGGAGGCGGAGGAGGAGGGAGGCAGCCCGAGCGGCGCCCUUCGCCCCUCCGGAGCCGCCUUCGGGGAGCCCGUCGGCGGGGGCGCCUCGACGCUGCCCCCCCUCGGGCGCCUCUUGUGCCCCGCGGGGCCCCCUUCGCGCCCCCCCCAGCUGACCCCGCGGAGGCGACGCCUGGCCUGGAGGCCCCGGGCGGCCGCGGGCCCGGCUGCGGGGGGGGGGGGAGCGCAGGCAGGGCCACCCACCCGCCGGGCUCUUUUCCGGACGGGCUGCCGCUGCGGGGCCAGGCUGGGCGGGAGCCCCUCGGGGCCCGCAAAGGCGGCGGGAGCGCCCCCGACUCCUUGUUCCCUCCGCCUCCCAGACGGCGUUCCAGGGAAAAACUAUGCUGGAACACAAGGGCAGGAGGGGCCGUACAAUGCACCUGUUUCCCACACUGCACAGCCAUGCCCAGGCAUUCCUCGGGGCCAGGCUCCCUUGUCCACCAAGAGCACCAGCAGCGGUGGGAGCCAGCAAGGGGGCAGCUGGACAGAUGCUGAAGAGGAGCUCCUGUAUGCUCUGGGGGUCGAGCACGCCAGCAUCGCCCUCACCAUGGCCAGGGGUGCCUAG